UGUUUCUCCUCUUCUCCACCCUUCUUCUACUUUCUAUUCAAUCUGGACUCUUAGAGCAUUUUUAAAAAAUGAAAAUCCUCUUCUUUAUCUCUUCCAUUUCCUUGGUAUUUUGGAAUUUGGACUCUAAAAGAUUGUUUUCAAAAACAAAUUGCGAUGAACUAUUUGAUUUCGCCGAAAGCUUUGGAUUUGCUUCCGCUCAAGCAUGGAGAGUCCAUCUAGGGACGCGCAUACAAGCCACAAUUGAAAAUGAUCAUGUUUCUACCUUGAAGGACAAAAUUAAGGAGUAUGAUCUUUAUGGAAUGAUGCGUUUUGACGUUAGGGCUAAUAACGGUGAAUAUUGGCCUACUUCACAUCCUUUCAGGUUAUAUUUUAAAGAGAACACGAAGAUCAAGGAGCGUGAUCUUUCGUUAGAGACAAAAUUCCCAAGGGAUUUGUAUUCAAUAACAAGUUUCACCGAGAUUACAAAUGCGCACAGGAGAGCUGGAGAUGACUUAUUCGAUGGAUUGGCGCGAGCAGCAGAAUUUAUCCUAGAAGAUUUGGAGUAUAACUCCGUAUCAGAAUAAUCUAUUAGGCGUAAUUAUUGUUUAGUAUUAUGAAUCUAUGAGUUGCUAAACAUUGCAUUUGUUAUUUUCAUAUUUUUAUCGACAUUAAAAAGCAAUUGUCAUGUACACUAUGGAGUAAGUAUGCUCAAGCUUUGAAAAAAUUGACCUUGACUUCGACCGAGCCACACAUUAUGCUUCUCCAACUUUGUAGAGCAAAGACCGACUGUGGUAAACAUUUGUAAAUUGAUUAUGUAAUCUAAUAAUCUAUUCUCUAUACUUAACACAAUAAAAAAUUUAAUAUCAUAGGUGAAGUUAUUCUUGCAAACUCCAUCUCCUGUACAAAGGUUAUAGUUGAUGAGAAUAUCCUUGAGAUUGAGGAUUUCCGUAAUAAGUAAGCCGCUUCUCCCCUCUAUUUGAUUUAAUAUAGAUUGAUAGCACUAAAUGAGCACUAAAGUAAUAAUACGCAGCAUAGAUUAAGUCACUGAAUAGAAUGCUUUUUUAUCCAGAUUGUUUGGGAAAAUAUCAAAAUAUUUGUACCUGAUAAAACGAAAGCAACCAAGAAAUCACAUUCAUAUUUACAUGUUUGAAUCUAUAUACCUUUAACUAAUACGGAGUAAUUGAUUAUUAGUUUCUUUACUAAGUAAUAAUUGAUUAUUCGUUAAUUCUACAAAUUGCACGAGAUUUUUUAUAGAUCCUGCAUUAGUGAAACCAGUGGCUGAUACACUUGUAAUUUCCGUGUGUAUGUUUAUGUUUUUAGCUAGUUUUAAUUGUUUAAUAUUUCGGAAAUUACACACUUUUGGUGUAAUAGUCAUGUUUGUAAAAUAGUUGUAAUAUGUUUAGAUUAGGUCCAUUCUGAGUUUAAACAGGUCCAAGAUCAAUCCAAUGAUCAUUGGUGAAGGAAGGUGCAAGAGUACAAGACAAAAAGAAGGCAAAAUCCUGAUUUUUGACCUAUACUCGAUCGAGUAUAGCAUAUACUCGAUCGAGUAUCUUGUUGAGAUUUCAAAUCGGAUCGGAUCUGAAAACAAAGGAACAUGCAGGGAAGAUUUUGACCACGAUCGAGUGUCGAUACUCGAUCGAGUACACCGACAUACUCGAUCGGGUAUGACUAUAAUUUAUACUCUGAAUUCGGUCGAGUAUGGGUCGAAUUCAAGUUUCUACUCAUACUCGAUCGAGUAUAUAUACAUAUACUCGAUCGAGUAUGCCUUUAAUUUUAAACCUGAAAUCGAUCGAGUAUACCUCGAAUUUGCAUUUCUACACAUACUCGACCGAGUAUCUUUAUAUACUCGAUCGAGUACCCGAGCUGCACUCCCAAAAAGCCUAUAAAUACACCCCCUUUCCUUCACAAUAGAAUACCAAUUCACAUAUACUCUUUAGCUCAGUUUAGAUUAGUGUUUUCUUUAUAUUUUCUAUCAUGUUUAGUCUCCAAAUGAGGAGCUAAACUCUUCCAUCUUGGUUUUGCUACUUUGAAGCUUAAUGAUUUGUAAGUUGUGAGUUAUUUUCUUUAAUCUUCUUCCUUGAAUAUUAAUUACUUCCUAUCCAUAUUCCAUAUUAAUAUAUUGAGCAUUACUUAAAGUAUCAACUAGUCUUUUUCUAUAUAUUAAUUAUUACUAGAAUCAAUCGGUUAAUACGCUUGUUAUUAAUUCGGUUCUUUCACGGUAGUAAACUUGGGUUGUUAAUGCAUGCUUCUCAUGGUUAAUAAGCCAAGGGGAAUUAAUUAUAUUGAUUGAACCAAUAAACCGCUUGUGUUGAGGUUAUCAAUCUCAAUCGUUUUCAUCUUGAUUUUAUUGCUACUAUCAAGUUAAUAUACGGCGCUUGUUCUAUAUUGACUCGGUAGUAAGUUUUAUUAAUGAACGCUUCUCGUUAUUAAUAACUACCCUCGAUGAACUGGAUAUACUCCUCGAUUGAGUAUUCGAGAGGAAGAUAGUUAAAGAUAUAACCGGGAUCGACGAACAUUUCAUUAAGUAGAUAAAAGCAAAGCCAAGUCUCCUUCUUAUUAAUUAAACCACAUAACUCGUUCAUCUUCGUGUUUAAAUAUAAUUUAAGUUCAUUUACUCAACCUAAACCCCCCAUUGUUACUAGUUUAUAAAGAGAGAAGUAUUCCUUUCCAUGUGGAUACGAACCUUACUUCAUUAUACUACGUAUAAUUGUUGUAUUGUAUUAUUUUGAGUGCACACCACGACAAAGUGCACGUCAGUGGCUGAACUGCUUGCAAUUACUCAGGUUAUCCUAUUUGAAUUUAAUUUGACUCAUGCUCAUUUCCUCUUAUAUACUUCGUUUUAAACGUAUUUUAAUGUAUUAGAGGUCUCGAUGUUGGAUUUUCGGAAAAAUUACAACUAUUCUCAAUCGAAGAGCUCAGAACCUAUCAAGGGUGCGUAAAAGACUCUUGCUCUAAAAAGGCCUCUCUAAUCAUGGUGACAAGUUUAAGUGCACUAAAUGCAAAGCAGUGUUCGACCAGGGAAUAUAUCGAUAUAAGAUUAUUGUUAUCGUGAAAGAUUCUUCAAGGUUUGUUACGUUGUGCCUGUGGGAUCACGAGUGUCGUCAGUUGUUGCACAAAACUGCGGGACAACUCAGAGAACAAUUGAAUCUUAGUGGCAUUCAUGAGACAGCGACAUCAAAAUAAAUUAAUGAUUUAGUGGGUCAGCAUCUCCUAUUUAGGGUUGAUAUAAGCGAGGAGGAUUUAAAAAAAAAAGUGACAAAGUUUUCUCUUUGAGGUGCCUCACGCAAAAUGAAGAGCUCAUGAACCAUUUUCUAGCAAAAGCAGAUGAUGAACAACAAGUGAGUGUCAAGAAGGAACAUCAUCAACCCAAAACUCUACUACAAAAAUGCACAAAGCUAUCAAAGUUGAGAAACCAUGAUGAUUUCUUCAUAGCUGUUUGGGACUUGAAUAAAGCUUUUAUCUAUGCUCAUAAUUUUUUUAGGAUUUUAAUAAUGUUUACAGACAUCUGCAAGUUCAUUUUACAUUGGGAUGAUUUUCAUGUUUUCUCUUUGUGAUUUUAGCCACUGGUAAUUUCAUAUCUUUGAUAUGUAAUUUCAUAUUGAAUGCAAUCUUUUGAAGUUGAUACCUAU